AUGACGGCACGCUCAAUCUUACAAGUUUUCGAUCAGUAUCAAAAAGCGCGGUUGCUGUUCGUGCAGUCUGUCGCGGAUCUGGCCUCAAAGUCGAACAACAUCGACUGCCUGGAAGCGGCUGGUGCGAUAGACCUCCUGCGUCCUUUGCUAGCGGACGCCGUACCGUCCAUCCAACACGUGGCCGCGAUCGCUCUCGGCAAGCUGGCGAAUCACAAUCCCAGACUGGCGCACGCCGUCGUUAGAAAAGACGUACUGUCGCACUUGAUGAAGAACAUAGACAAACAAAAUAAAUUUUAUAAGAAAGCGGCGCUGUUCGUCCUGCGAGCGAUAGCCAAACAUUCGCCGGAACUGGCGUUAAUAGUCGUACACAACGACGGCCUACAGACUAUAGUCAGAUGCCUGGAAGACUUCGAUCCUGGAGUGAAGGAAGCGGCCGCUUGGGCACUGGGAUAUAUCGCGAGGCAUAAUAAGAACUUGGCUCAAGCGGCAGUGGAUACCGGCGCGAUACCUCUUCUCGUAUUGUGUCUGCAAGAGCCCGAAUUGUAUAUUAAACAAAUCGGCGCAUCGGCCAUCAGCGACAUGAGUAAACACAGUAUCGAACUCGCGCAGGCAGUGGUGGAUGCCGGGGCAAUCUUCUUCCUCGCGAAAACUCUGGCCAAUCUCGAUGCCAAGGCGAAGCGUCAAGCGUUAUUAGCGCUGAGCAGCAUAGCCAAGCACUCCGCAGAUUUGGCGGAGGCUGUGGUUGAGGCAGGGAUCUUACCAGACAUUUUGGUACACAUGGCACAUCCGGAUGAGAAUGUCGGUAGAGUCGCGGCGAUUUUAACCAGGGAGAUUUGCAAACACACGUUUGAGUUGGCGCAACUUGUGGUGAACUCCGGCGGCAUCGCUGCGCUUAUCGAAUUAAUUAACACCUCAAAGUCGGCGACCAGAUUACCGGCGAUCAUGGCACUCGGUUACAUCGCCGGUCAUUCCGAUCAGCUGGCCGUGGCCGUGAUAGGAUCCAAAGGUGUCGUGCAAUUAGCGGUCGUGCUGCAAGAGGAAACGGAAGAUCAUAUUCUCGCGGUGACCGUCUGGGCUAUCGGGCAAAUUGGCAAGCACACGCCCGAACAUGCAAAAGCGAUUGCGGUUGCGAACAUAUUGUCCAAGCUAUUGGAGUUGCAUAACGAUCCGAAAAGUUCCGAGGAUCUGAAGGUGAAAUGUAACACGGCGUUAAAGCAGAUUCUACAAAAAUGCAUGUACGUCGAGGCACUUGAAUCCCUGUUGCACGACGUGCCGCCUAAUAUCCUGAAAUAUGUAUUGGGACAAUUUAGCAAGAUCUUGCCGCACGAUGCGAGGGCGAGGAGGCUGUUCGUCACAUCCGGCGGCUUGAAAAAGGUACAAGAGAUUCAAGCUGAGCCGGGCACCACCCUCUCGGAAUACAUAACAAUAAUCAAUUGCUGCUUCCCGGAGGAGAUCGUCAGAUAUUAUUCGCCCGGUUAUCCGGACAGCCUUCUGGAAGCUGUGGAGCAGUAUCAGCCGAAGGGUCUUUUCGUCUUCGAUCACAAAUCGUCGUCCGAGAACACGGAGUCCAGCUUGUCGCUUUAUAACGAUGAGGGAUGAUUCUAAAUUAUACAUUUCGUCAUUGU